AUCCAACACGUCUCCCUCGCCACCAACAAUGUCACCUUUCUUCUUCACUCGAAAAAUAUCUAAACUCCAAACUCUUGAAAAAAAAAAACAAUUAAAACAUUCUAAUCUCCAAACAAACACUGAAUAUAAUUUGGUCUCCAACUCCCAAAAUGAUGUCGUUUGAGGAAGACGAAGAAGCGUUUGAGCACACGCUCCUCGUUGUGCGUGAAGUCUCCGUUUUCAAAAUCCCGCCACGUCCGACUAGCGGCGGCUACAAAUGCGGCGAGUGGUUACAAUCCGACAAGAUCUGGACGGGUCGACUCCGGGUCGUAUCGUGUAACGAGCGUUGUGAGAUCCGAUUGGAGGAUCCGAAUUCUGCGGAGCUAUUCGCGGCGUGUUUUGUGGGACCCGGACAGAGAGAGAGUUCGGUGGAAUCGGUGCUCGAUUCGUCGAGGUAUUUUGUGAUGAAGAUCGAGGAUGGGAGAGGGAAACAUGCGUUUAUUGGAUUAGGGUUUAAUGAAAGGAAUGAAGCGUUUGAUUUCAAUGUAGCGUUAUCGGAUCAUGAGAAGUAUGUAAAGAGGGAGAAUGAGAAGAAGGAAGUUGGUGAUAGUGAAGAUGGUGAUGAUAGUAAUCAUAUUGACAUUCAUCCUGCUGUCAAUCAUCGAUUGAAGGAAGGUGAAACAAUCCGGAUAAAUGUGAAGAACAAACCAUCUAGUGGGACAGGCAUGCUUUCGGCUGUGGGAUUGGCAGCUGGAACAACAGGAGCUGUGAAAAAAAACCCUGCCCUUGCACCUCCACCUAGUGGAGGUAACAAGAUCAGGUCUCCUCUUCCACCCCCUCCAAAUGAUCCAGCUUCUUCUCGAAAGACUUCUACUACUCCCAGUAUUGAUCUCAAGGGGUCAAAGGGAAAUGCCAGGCAUUCCACUGAUCCACUUUCAGAUCUCUCUCAAAUUGAGAGAAGCCUUCCUUCUGCCACUGGAUCUGGAUCAAGUAAAACCACAGCAGCUGGAUGGGCCGCGUUUUGAUUUGUGUGUUAUCGCUGACAUGUAUUUUUGCUGUUGUAUUACCAUAGAAAAAUACACGGGGAUUCAGAAAAUUGAAGAGAAAUUUCAUGCUAUUUUUUCCCUCCCAUUUUGGAAGAUGAUUGCAGUGGAAUAUGUUCAUGUACUGGCUUGACUAGUGAAUCGGCUUUUGUAUUACAUGCAAUAAGGAAAAUAAUACACAAACAUCUUCGAGCUUUGUAGAAGUAACUGAUUUCUUGCAGCGACAUGAUUUCAAAAACAUAUUUUUAUGUAUUACAAUGUUAUUUAAGACUUCAA